CCGUGUGGCGAGACGGGGAAAAAAAUCGACCUGACCGAGAAGAGCCGCUUCUGCAUAUCUUAAAACACGCCGUGAACAGAGCGGCAUCCAAACAACAACAACAACAACAACAACAACAACAACACACAAACAGGCCGCGGGGAACCCGAGCAGCGGUCCGAUGUUCACCGUUGCUCUCGGCGAAGACGGCGCAAUUGCGCAGGCCAAGGCGAAGCUGGAGUCAUGGAGGGCAAUGGUGGAGAAGGCGGAUGAUGUCAAAGCAAGGCUGGUUUUGGAAAAACUCGGUGAAGUCGAGGCCAAGAAAAAGGCCCAAGCGAACAUGUACGCACUUCUGGAGCAGUUCGAUCAGUGCACCAAGAGCCACCGUGCAGCCAUGGACAAAAUACAGGGUGACAUCCUCAAGCUUGAGAGACAUAACCAGGAUCUGAUGGAGACUCUGAAGAGACGCCGAUCCGAACUAGAAGAGAAAACAGAUGAUUUUACGAGGCUGAAGCAGAAAUCCAAGAUUUACGCCAACAUCCCGAAAACGAAGCUACAGUUCAUUGAAAAGGAGAGCAAUGGAGACAAGGACAGCGGCCAUCAAAUCAAAGGAGUGUUCACCAUCUCACAGAGACCCACUAUGCUUCUCACAGGAGGACACGCACUCCUCACCUUCACAGAGGAGAAAGUUGCUUCUCAGUUAUUGAAGAUGGCCAAGUGCUCCGUGUCUUGUGAUGGAGCCUGGGUGGAUGUUAAACCAAAACAAUUUAUUCUGGAGCCUUCUGUGAAGUUUGAGAUCCACUCUGAUGUUUCCAAGAAGGAGGUUGAGAUUUUCAGUCCACCACCAGUUACGCCAGAAGAGAGAAUGAAGGACCGACUAGAGAUAAGCUUCUCUAAGCCCAGCCGGGGGGGAGGAGAGGUGGAGAAAGUGGAAUAUGAUGGGACCAGUGGCAGAGGCAAAAUCACCUUCCUCAACACUGGAGUCGCUGAGAACCUGGCCCUGAUGGGGAAGUAUCCUGUUGAUCUGGACAAGAAAGUGGCUAUACAGGUUGACCCUGUGUACAGCUUCCAGCUAUGCAAGUUUCAGGUCUUCUGCAGCACUUCAAAGCGUACCAUCCUCCUGAAUGAUAUCGUAGACAUAGUAGAUGAAGAAGACCUUCAGGAUUACCUGGAGAUCCACUUCCAGAAGCCCAACAACUACGGGGGUGAGAUCGAGUCGAUCAAGUACAUCCCUAAUGACAACAAUCUCCAGGCCUUUUUCGUUGAAGACACCAAUGAAACAGACGUGUAAUGUUAACCGCUAUGGCCCCAGUCUCCAACAGUUAAACUGUGUUUGGUGCUUUUCCAAAUGAAACGAAACGCACUAUACUUUCUUGUAUUACUAAUAGAUAGUUCAACUAAUAAUGAUUUAAUAUGCUUUGAGUUAUUUGAAAAUAUGAUGCAAGUGAAUUUUGGCUUGUUUUUUUUUUGGCUUUCUAUCAACCAAAGGUUCAAACGUUUGGUUGUCCUCAGGACUUGAGACAUCAGGAAGGCAGAUCACAAAAAUGUGGACUCACAAUGUGUUAUUCUGGUGCUGAACCUAUCAAGGUUGUGUUGCGCCAGAUGCUGACAGCUUGUGCAAUCUAAGAUAAUAUCUGGGAAUUGAUUUGAAGGGGAUGGGCAGGGAUGACACUCUUUAUUUGCACAUUUUAUUAAAGCAUUCCUUGUUGAUUAGAGUUGAUUUACUAUUUGAAAGAACACAUUUACUCCCCUUGCCUUUCGCCUCGCUUUAUUCGCACAAGUUGCACGGUGGGUAAAAUGAAACCAGCAGCUGCAGCAUACAAAUAGACAUAUAAUCUCUUGCUGUGGCCUCUAGGUGGUAGUGUCAUGUCAACAUUCACACAUUUGAAUCGUUCACCUUUUUUUUUUUUUGGAAACAGGAAGCAAGUUGUCCUCAGUCAGUAAUGUGCAUCAAGAUGACCUUGACUCGCUCAUUUGAAGCGCUCAUGUCUUUAUGCGUUCGUCCUAUGAUUGAUAAUAAAGAUUUCUGCAAAACAAUUGACGAAGUC